AUGCCCCUGCUGCAUGUCGUCAGAAUGAAUUCCUGUAAUAGGUUGUUCACUGUUGCUAUGUGUUUCCUCUUGGCCAAAAAGGAAGCAAAUUAUAUGUGGGCCCUGGAGCAGCUUCUUCUAGCAAUGGAUAAUCAUUCACCCUCAGUAAUUGUCACCAACCAUGAACAAGCAGUCAUAAAUGUGAUUAAGAAAGUAUACCCCAACGCCCCCGGAUACUCUUGUAAGGACUGUGAAUGUCCUUCACUAGAUGAGUAG